AUGUCUGGUCUAAUGAGAGCAUUUAUUCGGCGAAAGCCGAUGGACAAAUCGGAGACUGAAACGAAACUUAAACGGUGUCUUGGUGUCGUCGAUUUAACUGCUCUCGGUAUUGGCUCCACUCUAGGUGUGGGAAUUUACGUCAUUAUUGGCACCGUUGCCGCUCAAAAUGCCGGUCCAUCUGUUGUGCUUGCUUUUGCCAUUGCGGCAGUAUCCAGUAUUUUUGCCGGCCUUUGUUAUGCUGAAUUUGGAGCACUCGUUCCCCGAGCAGGCAGUGCCUACAUCUACUCGUACAUCUCUGUUGGAGAGCUUAUGGCCUUUGUCAUUGGCUGGAACUUGAUUCUUGAAUACGUCAUUGGCACAGCUUCAGUGGCGCGCUCUUAUUCGGGAUACCUGGAUUCAGGUUUAUUAGACAACCGAAUUGAAAACUUCUUUAAGCAGUACCUGUCGCUGCCUGAAUCAAAGUGGUUCUCCUCAUAUCCCGAUUUAUUCGCCUUUGCACUGACAAUGCUCUUGACUGUCAUGCUGGUCAUUGGAGUCCAAGAAUCAGCUCGCUUCACUACCAUCUUCACCGGCGUGAACAUUCUGGUCAUUUUGUACUGCAUCAUUGUGGGCUCAUUCAAAAUUGACUUUCACAACUGGAACAUUAGCCCUAAUGAAGUGCCGGCUAAUCAAAAUGCCGGAAAAGGAGGCUUCUUUCCUUUUGGUAUUAAGGGAAUGAUUUCCGGUGCCGCCAUUUGCUUCUACAGUUUUGUUGGAUUCGACGCCAUUGCGACCACUGGCGAAGAAGUGCUCAAUCCUCAGCGUGAUUUGCCCAUUGGAAUAGUGCUUUCUUUAAUCAUUGUCACCAUUGCGUACUGUGGCGUUUCUGCAGUGCAGACGCUGAUGUGGCCUUUCUGGGACCAGAACCAGAAAGCACCACUGCCUUAUGUCUUUGAACAAGUCGGCUUUCCUUUUGCCAAGAAUGUGAUCACAGUGGGCGCCCUCGCAGGUCUGUCCACCAGUCUUCUGGGAGCUAUGUUCCCACUGCCUCGAAUCCUUUUUGCCAUGGCAGAGGAUGGACUGCUCUUCAAGUUUCUCGGAAACAUUAGUCCUCGUUUCAAGACACCUGUUGCUGCUACUAUCAUUUCCGGUCUCUUUUCAGCUAUCAUGGCCACAUUCUUUAACGUGACACAACUUGCGGAAAUGAUGUCAAUAGGUACACUGCUUGCCUACUCACUGGUGGCCAUAUCGAUCCUCAUUCUCAGAUACAAAAAAGAAGAUCAGACUGAGUUUGGAGCCGUGGAUGCCAUUCAAAGUGCAGAGUACACCGAAAGUCGAACAGAUAUUUACGAAGGCUCACUGUUUAGUCGAGUGCUCAACUUGAGCAAUAAAACUUCUCCUGAUAGUUUUUCGUCACGCAUCAGUCUUAUUCUCAUUGGCCUAACGUGUUUCUUUACCAUUGUCUUUAACGUGUUGAUGUUCUUCUACGAAGAGGAACUGUACAGUCUUAAAGUGCCUCUGUAUGCGCUUAUCCUUCUCAUAGUAACGCUGGUGAUCAUCAUUGGCUUGUACAUUUGUCUGCAACGCCAGCCAAAGAUCACCCCGACUGCCUCCUUUAAAGUGCCCUUCGUGCCACUGCUGCCGCUGUUGAGCGUUUUUAGCAACACGUACCUCAUGGUUCACCUGGAGGAGUUCACUUGGAUUCGAUUUUUCGUCUGGAUGGUCAUCGGUUUUGCCAUCUACUUCAGCUACGGAAUCGUCAAGUCGGUUGGCUAUUUAACCACAGAGGAGAGGAAUCGUCUCAGUCUUGAUUCGCCUGCAGAGGAGAUACUCCCUGAGGAAGAUUGA